AUUGUUUAUUAUAUUUCAUUGACAUUAGGCCAUGACAUGAGCUUGAUCUUGUUUUACAGAUUCAAAGAUUAAGGGGAAAAAAGACAAGUAGACAAUUCAAAUUCCUGGUUUGAAAUAGAUAGUCAAUAUCGUUACAAUUGCAUUGGCCCCAUCCCCAGUAUUUUCCAGGAAAGUUCUGUUUCUCUUCCACAAACUUUGAAAGUUCACUCCUUCAUUGUCCUUUAUAGAGCUCAACCUUGACAGAAAUCAUCACUUGAUCCAUCAAAAGUUUUCCUUUUCUGUUUGUUUGAUGAGUAUGCAACUUUUUCUCCCAUUCAAAACUCUGGUGCUGGUGCUGGCCUUCCUUUUGGGUUGUGCUCUUUCACAAGGCCUUAGUACCAGUUACCAACGUUUCCAAGACCAUGAUGAGGCUGAUUUCUUUCUAAACAACUCAUACAUAGUUCUCAAUGCCAUCCAGGUUACACCUGAUGUUAGUGGAGCUUCGAUCGCCAAUAUGUCCGGACGAUCCUUACACAGAACUCAAUUCAAGCUAUGGAACAAGAGCAAAGGCAAAGGCAUCACCAGAGCUUCUUUUAACACCACCUUCGUUAUCAAUAUCAGUCCGCGGACCACCCCAGGAGGCGAAGGCUUGGCCUUUAUAAUGGCUGCAGAUCACAAUCUCCCUCAAAACAGUCAAGGACAAUGGCUUGGGAUAGUAAAUGCCGACUCUAAUGGAUCUUCUAAUGCCAACAUAGUUGCAAUAGAAUUUGACACAAGGAAGAGCUACACCGAAGACUUAGAUGGCAACCACGUUGGGCUUGAUGUCAAUAGCGUUUACUCAAUCAAGCAGGUGUCGUUGGGUAACUUCGGUCUUAAUCUUUCCGCUGGGAAUGAUACCUUGGUGAAUGUUGUGUAUGAUGGCAAAAACAUAACUGUUUUUGUUUCUUUGAGAGACGGGGAUGGAGUCGUGAGCAGAACGAAUCAAGCGUUUUCCGAGUCCAUUGAUCUCUCUGCCUAUCUUCCACAGAAUGUUUUUGUGGGAUUUUCUGCUUCAACAAGCAAUUUCACUGAAUUGAAUUGUGUGAAAUCAUGGGAGUUUCAAGGUUCUGAUAUAGGUGAUGAGUCUCAUAACCUUUUAUGGGUCUAUAUCACAGUUCCACUGGUAACUAUCAUCUUACUGAGUAUUGCUUUGUUCCUGUGGUGGAAGUUGAGAUAUGGGAAAAAGCAAUUGGUAGAUUCAUAUGAAAACGUAGAAGAAGAGAUUAAUGGCUCAUCGAUGGCUCCGCGGAAGUUCCAGUUGAAAGAACUUAAGAAGGCAACUGGGAAUUUCAACCCCAAGAACAAGCUUGGGAAAGGAGGAUUUGGGACAGUCUAUAAGGGAACUUUGAAUAACAAAGAGGUAGCUGUCAAAAGAAUAUCCAAGAAAUCCACUCAAGGCAAGCAAGAAUUCAUUGCAGAAGUCAAAACAAUAGGCAACCUUAAUCACAAACAUCUUGUGAAGUUGAUUGGAUGGUGCUAUGAAAGCCAUGAGUUCCUUCUUGUGUAUGAGUUCAUGCCAAAUAGUAGCCUGGAUAAGUACAUAUUCAGCAACCAAAACAUCGGCGCGCAAGGUUCCAUGUCUGCAAUGAAGUGGGAAACAAGGGUAAGUGUGAUACAUGGAGUGGCACAGGCCUUAGACUAUCUGCAUAACGGCUGCAAGGAUAGGGUACUUCAUAGGGACAUAAAGGCCAGCAACAUAAUGUUGGAUUUAGCCUUCAAUGCUAAGCUUGGAGAUUUCGGUCUGGCUCGAACCAUCCUGAAGACUGACCAGACUCACCAUUCAACAAAAGAGAUUGCAGGAACCCCAGGCUAUAUGGCUCCAGAGAGUAUUCUUACAGGCAGAGCAACUGUUGAGACAGAUGUUUAUGCAUUUGGGGUUCUAGUCAUGGAAGUUGUUUGUGGAAGAAAACCUGGAAAUCAAAUCCUGGACAACGAUUACAGCAGCGGGAUUGCGAAUUGGCUGUGGGAACUUUAUGGCCAUGGAAGGAUUCUUGAUGGGGUUGAUCCCAAACUGGAAGAAGAAUAUGAAGUAGAAGAAGUGGAACGUAUGCUUGUUCUGGGUUUGGGUUGCUGCCAUCCAAAUCCACACCAUAGGCCCUCCAUGAAAACUGUUCUGCAAGUCCUUAAAGGAGAAGCAGCUCCACCAAAUAUGCCAACAAACAGGCCUCUUUUUGUGUGGCCAGCCAUGCCUCCAUCCUUCAAUGACUCUGAGAACUCUCUGGCUGGAGGACAACUCACUCCAUUUUCGGAGAUCCAUGGGAGAUGAUAUAUAUAGCUUCAGGUACUUAAAUCAAGCAGAAUUAUGUUCUGAUAUAUAGCUAGUAAAUUCAAAAAUGUUGUAAUUUUCUGUAACUAUAGGUAGAGCAUUGUAUCUGGGUGGCAUGUUUCUGCAAAUUUUGGUUCAUGUCAACAGAUUCAAGCUGAGUAUCAUGUUAGAAAUCAAAGAUGUUAUGUUGUAAUCCUAGUUAGCUAGCAUAGUACUUUGAAACCUGUGUGGUUGCUACA